AGUCUAGUCCCGGCUUCAGGUCGCGUCGGGUACCACCACAUUUCAGUUUAAACGCGAGUGUCGUUCUGUACGGACGGUUAUUUAACGUUCACUCGUGAUAUUUUAUGUCAUAACAAUUCUUGUGAAUAUUUACAUUUAAUAUCUAAAGUAAAAUAAUUAUAAGAGUGAUUGUUUAUUUAUCAUUAAUUGAUUGAGUGAUGAAAAAUUAAUUGAGUCGAUAUAUUAAGUUGUGAUAUAUGUAUUUUGUUUUUUAAACAGACAUAUAGAUCGUGUCAAUAGAAAAAAAAAAAAUCAAACUAAACGUUUAAUAGUGAGUGCUAAUAAAACACAGUGAAAAUAAAUUUUUUGGAGUAUUUCAAAACUUGGAUAAAAUACUUUUUUAUUUUUUUGUUAUUCAAACAAAAAUAAAUAAUAUUAUACUCAUUCACUGUCACGACAGUCGAUAAGUGACGUGCGAAUAUUCACUUGCCCCCCAGGGAAUUUUUUUUCAAAGCCAGUAUUUGCUGUGUGUAUUUAAAUAUUUAUUUAUUUUAUUUUUAAAUUUAUUUUAUACAGUUUUUAUAUCUACACUGUUCUUUUUGAUUUCACGGGAAUUUUUAUUUAUCUCUGUUUCAAUUUAUACUUGAAAAGGUGAAACUUGUGAAAUAUUAUUUUUUUUUUUUUAUAUAUAAAAAUUUGGAGUUGUUGAAAAGAUUUGAUUUUUGGAGUAAAAAUUUUUCUUUUGACAAAAGACGAGAGAGAAAAAAAGAGUAGAGGAUAUUUUGUAUUGAACAAAUGUCAAAUUGAAUUUUGUGGUUUAUACAUGUAAAAAGAAAAAAAAUAUUUUUAAGACGUGAAAAACAAAGUGUUUGUGACAGUGUUGAAUAACUUGAUUUUAAGUUAUUUUUUAUUUUACUCUUGGUUUAAAUAUCAUUGUGGAUUAUUGGAGUUUUAAGGGGUAAUUUUAUUUAAUAAAUAUUUACCCUCAAGUAGAAAAAUAAAAAUUGUGUCAACUUGGUAUAUAGAGACGUUAAAACUUGGAUCCGUUAAUAUUAGCGACACUUGAAAGCAGUUUAACUAAGUGAUGCCAAAUUUAUAAGAAAAAUAAAGGAAUUUUUAAAAACAAUAUAAAAAUGAAGAACACUACAGUAUUGUGUCAAUUAUUGGCACUUUUACUUUUUGUAAAUGUUGUAACAUCUCGUGAGUGGAAGAACAGUGCUGCAUUGGAUAACAAUUUUUUGGUAUUAUGGACACCAAAUGAAAAAGACAUUGUAUUUGAAGUACAAGUCAAAACACAAGGCUAUGUUGGUCUUGGUUUUACAAGUGAUGAGAGACAUACUGCAGACAUGGUCAUUGGUUGGGUUGACAAUAAUGGUCAAGUGCAUCUUCAGGAUCGGCAUGUAAAGGAUUCAAAUCGUGAUCCACAAAUGGAUUCAAGUCAAGACUACCACCUGCUGUUGGGUUACGAAAAUAAAACUCACACAGUAUUACGAUUCUACCGUCAAUAUGACACGUGCGAUCCACGGGACCUUAAAAUUACGAAUGAUACAUUACAAAUUGUUUGGCAAUAUCACGUUGAAGAGCCAGUAUCAGCAGCUGGUCUAUUGCCACCUCAUGGAGCUGUUCGUGGAUCACGUCCAUUGUAUCUUGUUCAACGAGAUUCACCACCAAAACGACAACCAACAAUUCAUGGGAUUCAAUCAUCACUUCACACUUGGGAUGUACUAAAUCAACAGGUCAAACUACCAAUGGAACAAGACACAUUACUCUGGUGUCGUGUCGUUCAGAUGCCAAACAUUAAUCGCAAGCAUCACGUCAUCAAGUAUGAGCCAAUAAUUCAACCAGGCAACCAACAAUAUCUUCAUCAUAUGACAUUGUACGAGUGUCGUGGUAAAGAAUUGGACCUUGAAGAAGCAUCAAAAAUGAGUGGUAGUGUUUGUUAUCAACCGGACGCUCCGUCACUUCAAUGUACAUCAAUUGCUGCAACCUGGAGUCUUGGAUCCGAGGGUUUUAAUUAUCCACUAGAAGCUGGAUAUGCACUUGAUCCGGAAUUAGGACCACGUUAUUAUAUGCUUGAAACUCACUAUACAAAUCCUUUGUUAGACAACUUUAUAACAGACAGUUCUGGUUUGAGACUUGUAUAUACAAAUCAACUACGUACACAUGAUGCUGGAAUACUGAGUGUUGGUAUUGAUCCAAAUUGGCGUCACAUUAUACCACCUGGACAAAGAGAAGUUGUAUCAGAGGGACAUUGUGUUACAAAUUGUACUAGUCAAACUAUACCAGAUACUGGUGUAAAUAUGUUUGCUGUUAUAAUGCACACACAUCAAUUGGGAAGAAAAGUAAGACUACGUCAAAUACGUGCCAGUGAAGAAUUACCACCAAUUGCAUCUGACUCAAAUUAUGAUCCAAAUUAUCAAGAAUACAGAAGAUUACAAAAACCAGUUAAAGUUUAUCCAGGUGAUCACUUGAUUGCUGAAUGUACAUAUUCAUCUGAAACACGUCAAACAAUGACACUUGGAGGAUUAACAACCAGAGAAGAAACAUGCUUAGUAUCAGUACUUUACUAUCCACGUAUUGAAAUGUCACUUUGUUACUCAUUGCCAUCAUUACCAACCGUUCUUCAAAGUUUAGGAAUUCAAAAGCUUAAGCAAGGUGCAGCACCAGUUGUUAUUGAAGCACCAGCUGAACUUGCUGGUAUGACAUUAGAAGAACGUUUAAUGCGUUAUAAUUGGGAUAAAAGUUUUCAAAGUUUUCAAGAUGCAACUCAUCGUGGUACAUUUAAACCACUUUGUUGGAAUCGUAAAGGUGAUAUUUUACCAAAUACAGAUGUACAAGAAGCACAUUAUCCAAGAAUAUUACGACCAUAUAAAGAAAGUACACGUCCAUGUGCUAAAAAAACACCGAGAAAUAAAUUAUCAAGAUUAUUUGGUGAAGAUGGUGAUCUUGCAACACCAAAUGAUACUGAUGAUAGUGAUGAAGCUAAUGCUGUUGAACGUGGACAAUUAGUACGUAGUAAAGUAUCGCGAAGUAGUGAAGGACCAGUCAUUGGUAUUAAUAGUCAUACAAAUAAUAAUAAAGCAACAAUUAUGCUUAUUAUUACUUGUUUUAUUAUUGUUGCAUUUAGAUGAACAAUAAAUUUAUAUUAGUUAUUAUUAUAUAGAUUAUAUGACAUUAUAUUAUUCAAACAAAUCAUAUUGCAAAUUUUUUUUUUUCUUUUAAAAAAAACAUGCGCUGUCUUUUUGCAUCUCAAUCUUAUUUAAUUUUUUUUUUUUUUUUAAUCCAAUCAUGUAAAGAAUUACUUUGGUAUUCUUCUGAGCUUUUUAUUUAUUUAUUUUUUUUGUUUUUUUGGUAAGAGAAAAUGAGAAACAGAGAUAAAAAAGAAAAAUUUAUAUAGAAAGGUGAAAGAGCAGAAGAAGCGCAACAUUUUUGGCUGUUUAUGCAACGUCAGGGAUUUUGUUGGGGCCAAGUACGAAUCUCGCGAUGUUACAAAUGGGAUAGUUUUUUUUUUUUUUUAUACUCUUUGUUUUAAAAUUUCUUUUUUUUUACUUUUAUUCUCACAAAAGUGCAAUUCACAUCAUCGUUUCACAUGUUCGUUUUGCAAAACUCACACGCAAGUAUUCGCCUAGCACGUUAUAUCGCGCUGACUCGGCACACUCUUUGCUUGUGAAUUAAAUUCGUAUCGAGGCCCCUACAUUUACUCCCUGAACAGAUUUUGUAUAUUUUGUUAAUUAGAUUAUUAUCAAAAACUUUUUGCAUAUUUUUGCUUGCAUCGUGCAAGCGUAGGUUGAUUUAUUUUUAUGAAAAUUAAAUAAAAAUAAAUAAAUAAUUUAUACUUUGUAGUUGACGAUCGUUUAUAUUAAGUCAAUUUAUUUAAAUAACUCAAAUUUAAUUAUAUUAAUUAUACGAUAAACUUGAGUAUUAUUAUUAUCAUUUUAUUUUUAUUUUUUAUUUAUAAAUAUUUAACUUGACCUACGCUUGUACUCGACGACGAAGAAAGAUUAAAAAAAAAAAAUUUUGUAGCAUUUUGUACAGUUUUAUUAUGUAUAAAAAUUAUUUUCGUUAAUUUUUAAGUAGCAUUUAUGAUAUAAGUGAUUAUUUAUUUUAUAAUUUAAGAAUAUAUUAUAUAUAUUUGUCGAAAAGAAAAGAAAAGAUAUUAUUAAUUUGAACGUUGAUCAUUCUUUGUUUUUUUUUUUUAUUUUUUUUUUUAUUUAUAGUAUCCUUAAAAAUUUUAUACCAGCUUGUGAAUAUAAUAAUUGAAAAUAUUUAUUAUAUAUUAAUAUUGUUGUUAAAAAAAAAAAAAAAAAUAACAUGUAACUUUCAAUCAUUUAUGUGUACGAAGCUUGAAUGAAGCUUGCGUGGUAUUUUCUCGUGAUGACUUUUUGCUAAUUUUUUUUCCAAUCAAUUUCUCUUUAGUACAUGACGAAAAAGAAAAAAAAAACAAUUUUAAAAUUUAUCUGCAUUUUUUCAUGUCUUGCGUUAGUAGUAAUGAGCUUUUAAUGAUUUAGUCAUUCAAGUAUAUUUUGUUCAUGUUCAAGUUUUUUUAUUUCUCUAGCCUCUCCUCCACUUUUUUCGAUAUUAGUGCGAGUGGCAAAAAAAAAAAAAAGAUAAAAAUUUAAAUUUACCAUUAAAUUCAUAUGCCCCACGACUAUGACGAAUGUUUCAUCUAAAGAAUAAGAAUUUCUUUUUUUUUUUUUGUAGUCGAUAAAUCAUUAUAUACAGUAGACGCAUAUUUUACAAUUUAAUACGACUAUUUGUUAAUGUCAUAGGGAUCUGUGUGUCGUAGUAUCCUAGGCAUGCCAAAAAAAAAAAAAAAAAAGGCAGUAUAAAAAUCAAUAAAAAUGUUUAAAAAAAUUUAUAAAAUAAUUAAAAUUUAACUUGAAAAAAAAAUAAUUAUAUUAAGCAAUAAUAUACAUUCAACAAUUGAAAAAGAGAUUUAAAAAAAAAUAAUAAUUUGCGACUGUUAUAUUGCCAUGACAAAGCAAUACUGCCAAUUUGACAUCAACAAUAUUUAAUUGUAUCAAUCAUCGAGUUUGAAUUUUUAAAUUGGACUACAAUCCAAAAUAAAUCAAUGAAAAUUAAAUCAAAGCUGACAGUAUUGCAGGUGUAAUAUAAUUACAAAUUCAUUAUAUUAUCAGUCGAAUGGAUUUACAAUCCUCAAGGGUACAUUGAACAAAAUAAUCGAGGAGAGGAAAAAACACAAAUCAUUUAUUGGAAAUAAUAGACUUUUUAGUUCAUUCUUUUUUUUUGUUAUUAAAUUAUUUUUUAUCAAAUAUUGACCAACGCAAAAAUGACAUAACUAUCACAGUGAGAUUUAAAAUUAUUUCUGUCAUAAAAAAUAAAGUUAUCUCCAGCUGUAAAUUUUUUUUUUUUUGUUGAAAAAAAAUUAAUCAUUUAAGGUAUUAUAAAUAAAAACAGAAAAAUUAUCGAUGCAGUAGCAGAAAGAAUCCCAACUGAAGUCGCUUUUAAAUAUUGUAAACGAUGGGGAUUGGGUAGAAGUGACUGCCAGUGAUAUGACCAGAACAAUCAGAUAAAAAAGUAAAUACAACAAAAAAAUAAAAAGGAAAAAUAUGGCACGCAUUAUUAAACUCGCACGAUUAAAAAGAAUGAAAAAAUAAUAUUUAGAUAAAGUUUAAAAAAUGAUAUCACGAAUUGACCAUCUUGCAUUAUAUGUAUGGUAGAAUUUUCUAACAUGAGUGUAUCACAAUUUAAUCACGAUACCAAUAAUCAAUAUUUGAAAAAAAAAAAAAAACUAAUCAUAAGAAAAUAAAUUAAAAAUAAGUUUUUAAAAAAAAAAUAAUACAUUAAUUGAUUCACCAUUGAUUGGUGGCUAAAAAAUUUUUUUUUUCUUUUUUUUUUUACAUUAAAACCAAAACUUUAAAAAUUCAUCAAAUAAAAUUGGUAUUGUGGCAAAUGCAAAAUAAUUUAAAUAAUAAAUUUAAAAUAAAUUUAAACAAAAAAAGAAAAAACCGUCUGUAUGUAUUGUAUGUAGAAAAAUAAGAAGAAUUGGAUGAUGGUAAUGACAAACGUUACAGCUUUAACGUUAUGAUUGUAUGUUGGUGUGAGUGUAAAUAGAAGAGAAUAAAAAUAACUAAAAAAAUUGUAUAUAGUCUUAGAUUUACGUAGAUUGUCACAAAUUGGCAGGAGUUAUUAUUAUUAUUAAAUAUUAAUCAAGCAAGAAAAAAAAAAAAA